CCAUUCAGAGUUGAUGGUGGGAAGAGGCUUGCUGUUCUGCGGCAAGCUGUAAGUGGGUGACAUGGCAACUGGAGGCACUCCUUUUGAUGACAGUGCAGAAGAGCUGCACAACUGGACUGUAACCAAUGGCAGUCUGGAAGACAGACUCAACAACAUGGACUGGGGUGUGCAGCAGAAGAAAGCCAACCGAUCCUCAGAGAAGAACAAGAAGAAACUGUCAGCUGCAGUGGUGGAGAGCCGCCUGACUAAUGAUAUUUCGCCAGAGUCCACCCCUGGGGCUGGGCGCAGGAGGGCACGCACUCCUCAUUCCUUUCCCCACAUUAAGUACACCACUCAGAUGUCUGUCCCAGACCAGGCUGAGCUUGACAAGCUGCGUCAGAGGAUCAAUUUCACAGACCUGGAUGAGAGGAGCAUUGGCAGUGACUCCCAGGGGCGUGUCACAGCUGCCAACAACCAGCGCCAGUUAGCUGGAGAGAACAAGAAGCCCUACAACUUCCUACCUCUUCAUGUAAAUACUAACAAAAGCAAGGACAUGCUCCCUCCCUCCUCCUCUGCCCCAGCCACCCCAGCUAUAACCAAGGAAACUAAGAAACAGAGCCCAGGAUUCAGGGAUACGUUAACCCCUGUGAUCCCCACCAAGGAAACAUCAAGGCUCAGUCGUGGUGGCAUUGAGAGAGGGCUGUCGGCACACAGAGAAUACGGAAGAGGAGAUCCCAGAAUAGACAGCAGCCAGGUGGUGAGCAAGCUUGUACAGAUCCGGGAGUACAUCAGCAAGGCAAGCUCCAUGCGGGAUGACCUGGUGGAGAAGAAUGACGUGCCGGCAAACGUGGAGCGCCUAUCCCAUCUCAUCGACCACCUCAAAGAGCAGGAGAAGUCCUAUUUACGGUUCCUGCAGAAAAUGCUGGCACGGGAUAACGAGGAGGAUGAUGUUGGGACCCUGGACUCAGCUGUGGGCUCGGGUUCAUUGGCAGAGAGUACAUCUCUUAACAUUGAGUUGCGCUCUUCAGAUGCCUCCAAUGCAACGGGUGGUAGAGCAGAAACUGUGCGAGCUGACCAGAAGGAAGAGCUGGAGAACUUGCGUAAGCAGCACGAGCUGCUGAAGAAGAUGCUGGAGCAGCAGGAACAGCUCAGGGCCCUGCAGGGCCGACAGGAAGCGCUGAUGGCCAUGCAGCACAGUGCAGAACAGGCACUUGCUGUGAUUGAGGACACGGUUGUGACAGAAACCACAGGAAGCGUGUCAGGCCUGAGCAUCACAUCAGAGCUGAACGAUGAGUUGAAUGAUUUGAUCCAGCGGUUCCACAACCAGCUACAUGACUCCCAGACUAAGGCAGUGCCAGACAACCGUCGGCAGGCAGAGAGCCUUUCCCUCUCUAGAGAGGUGUGCUGGUCCAGGGCUCCCCAGGCUCUUGGUCCACCUCCACACAGGCCCCUUCUUCACUCUGCCUCUGGUCCCCACACUGGCCUAGACACCGGGGCAACAGCUGCUAGUGCCAAACUCACUAAGCUCCAAGAACUUCAAGACAAGAAGCAAACCAUGGACAAGAUCCUACAAGAGCUGCAUUCACUCAGAGACCAGACUCUUAACAAUAACUCUUGUCGUGGUUUGUCAACACAGUGCAGUCUGAGUAUGGGAGGAUCCUCAGAUUGUCCAUCUGCUCUCUGCUCUAAUGGGGCCUCGGCCUCCACCUCCUUUCAUCCUGCGCUCACACAACACCAGGACAGUUCCAACUCCACAGACAAGCUCAGGAAGCUAAAGGAGGUUCACAAGCGUCUGAAUGAGCUGCGUGAGUUGGUUCAGUACUAUGAGCAGACUUCUGAUAUGAUGGUGGAUGCGGUUAAUGAAAAUGUGAAGGAGGAUGAUGAUGACGAAGAGGAUGAGACAGAGGAUGGCUCUAUGUUUGAGGCCAUGUUUGACUCCGAGCAGGAGAAUCGCCAGCCUGUAACUAACAUCAGAAACCCACAGCGCAGUGGAAACUGGACAGACUUGAACAGCUUGACCAACGGGCGCAGUGUCAGGAGUAGUGCCACCAAUAACCGGGACGGCAGACUCAACACUGAGUGUGAGAUCAACAACCGGUCAGCAGCCAACCUCCGGAGCCUUAAUAUCCCCUCAGCCAUAGAGUGCCAGUAUAAUAGGGACACCCCUUAUAAUCAAGUGAAGGAUGAGGAUGAAGAUGAUGACGGUCUGAAUAAUGAUCAAGGGGCACAGGCUGUAGCUCCAGACAGCGAGGCUUCAGGGUCAAGUCGAAGAAGCAGUCUUGGGAAUGAAGCAGGUUUUGCCCAGAAGGUUCAUCGGCAGACAGCGAAGCAGAAAUUACGGCAGCUGCAGGAGUUGGUGGCCAUGGUUCAGAGUGACGACACAGAUGGUACAACAGCUAAUGAGGAUGAAGCUUUAGACCAACAGCCAAAUAAUACCAGAGCUACUGUGGCAGGGCCUCUGGGGUCUGGAUCCAAACAGAAUCCAAGGGACCUCUCACUGUCUAGCAAGGCCAGAGAGAAACUGUAUGAAGAGAAGCUGCGUCAGCAGAAACAGGAGCUGAAGCAGCUUCAUGAAGAGCGCCAGAGGCUCAUUGAAAUCCAGGGCAAGAUCCAGGACCUGCAAUGGGCUUGCCCUGACCUGCAGUCGUCCGUGUCGAGCACAGUGAGUCAGCAGGGUUUACUAAGGAAGGUUCCAGUUGCAGCAUCCACUCCGGCCACCGUCCAGGUAUCUUCCUCUGGAUCCAAAACCAAUUCAGCUGUGCUCAAACCUACUCCUCCAGAAGCAGCUACUCCUUCAGUCACUGACAAUGAGCAGCUUUGGUCAGAGAUGCGUCGCCAUCAGAUCCUGAGGGAAGAACUGCGUCAGCGCAGAAAACACUUAGAGUCCUUGAUGGCUGAACAUCAGAGGCGUAGUGGUCUCUGUGACUCUCCCCGCAGGAUUGACGACCAAGAGGGACUUGCUACACCCUCACAGUCUGUCAGUAGGGAUGAAAGGACAAUGGCUACCUGGGGUUCCACUCCCUGCCACCUUGAUGAUGAUGAUGAUGAUGAUGAGGACGAUGAGGAGGAGGACGAAUAUCGCUCAGAAAUGGGUGCAGAGGAGGAAGAGGAACAGGAGGAAUGUGCAGAGAGCACCUCUGAUGAUGACAUCCACAUCUUCUCAUCUAGCAGGAACCAGCGGCCCUACAGUAACAGGAAGAAUCAACGAUGCAACCUGAAGCCUCCACCAGCCUUCUCAUGUGAGAGCAGUGGGCUUCAUUCUCCUCAUAGUAAGGCAAAGACCAAACAACAGCAGCAGCAGCCCAGAAGUUUGAACCAGUCUGUGAGUCAGCAUGGAGGUACAAGGCGGCAGGAGAACCUGCGCUGGGCUUCUGAACUCUCCUUCACUGAAGGCUCAUGCCACUGGCAGGAGCAGGUCAGCCAGCUACAGAGACAGCUGGACUUCAGCACCAGCAUGUGUCAGACACUCCUGCAGGACCAGCAGACGCUGUCUUAUAUGUUGCAAACCCUGCUGACCGGUCAGUACAGUGUUUUACCAAACAAUGUAUCAUCACCACAAGUCCACCUGGUCAUGCACCAGCUCAACCAGUGUUACACCCAGCUGGCUUGGCAGCAAAACAACGUGCAAAGACUAAAACAGGUCCUGAACGAGCUCCUCCACCAGCAGCAGCAGCAGCAGCAGCAGCAACAACAGCAGAAGCAACAGCCUUCAUCUUCAACAGCAGGUUGGCAGACGCAGAACCAGGGCUCAUCCCAGGAAUCCAGCUCCUGUCCCUCCGUCUCUCCUGGGGUCUUCCUCCCUUUCCCCUCUACUCUUCACUCUUCAACCAACAACAUGUCAACUGCUGCCUUAUCCGCGUUCCCUCCCGGCUUUAACUUAUUUCCGUUCUUCCCUCCUGCCAUGGGUGAGUUCCCUCAGGGUGCGGCAGCUCAGGCCACCCCGGACCACCAGAAGCAGCAUUUAGACCCUAACACUUCUCUCAAAACAGAGUACAUGAGUUUCCCUCCUCCACUGCAGCGCUCUCCUCUUAACUCAGCUACAGACAGAGGACCAACUGGCUGGCUCAACACCUCCUACGCAAACAACACCGUCCUGCAUCACCCAUCUAAAACCGCGGAAGAGUCUCCAACUUCCUCGCCUACCCUGGCCCACCGUCGCUCCCGACCUCAAGACUUUGACCGGGCCUCACAGGAAAGCUUCAGUAGCAUGCCUGAUCCUGCUGAUCCCACCACCAUCACAAAGACUUUCAAGGCUGGACGUAAGGCCUCUGCUCAAGCCAACCUGGCCUCCCGAAGCAAGACGCCAAGCAAGAGUCGCCGCAGGAGGAGCAAAGGGCACAACAAGAACAGUGAAGGCCAUGAGAGUGACAGCGUUAGCAGCACUGCAGACUUUGCCCAGGAGAGGGCAGCCCCGACUCGUCAGAAGGAUCUGAAUCAGAGUCUUUUGGACAAGCUGACUCAAGAGAAACUAGACAGCAAAACUAAGCUUGGGAACAAACGAAAUGACCUCUCCUCUGCCUAUGCUUGGAGAACACCCUUCCUCUCUAACAGAAUUGCAUGCACAGAAGCACCAGAUGCUAGCAGCGACUUCUCUCUUUUUGAGGCGUUGAGGGAGACCAUUUACUCUGAGGUGGCGACUUUGAUCUCCCAGAAUGAGUCACGACCCCACUUUCUCAUCGAGCUCUUUCACGAGCUGCAGCUGCUCAACACCGACUACUUACGCCAGAGAGCGCUAUAUUCCCUGCAGGACAUAGUGACCAGGCAUCUAGCAGAGAAGAGUGCAGCUGAGGACCAGUUGCCCCCACUUGGCCCUGUGGCAUGGGCUGCAGGCUCUCAGUCUGAGCUCACACCCAGUGAAAGUCUGGCUACCAGUGAUGCAGAGGUGGUGGAGAAGAACUUGAGGCUCACGCAGGACACACUGAAGAAGAGGGAUGAUACAGAAUCCGUGGGCAAUGAAAGCACUGUGUCAACCUCCUCCAACCUGGAUCCAUUUGCUAAAGAUGAUCUCGGCAACACGGUGAUUCAUUUAGACAAAGCUCUGGCCAGGAUUAGGGAGUAUGAGCGCAUGAAGCUUAAAGUUGAGUUUAACCCCUGCAACGCCAGCACUGCAGGUGCAGGUGGCUCUGAAGUCUCAAAUGCUGAACAUCCUUCUGCUAACGCUGCUGAACCAGUGGAAGGAGGUGCAGCCGGUGAUGUGCGCUGCCCUCAGAUUGACACCCAGCAGUUGGAUCGUCAGAUCAAAGAUAUCAUGACAGAAGUUAUUCCCUUCCUCAAGGAGAACAUGGACGAGGUGUGUUCCGUCCAGCUGCUGACAUCUGUGCGGCGCAUGGUCCUUACUCUCACGCAGCAGAAUGACGAGAGCAAGGAGUUUGUCCGCUUUUUCCACAGACAGCUGGGAGGCAUUCUGCAGGAAUCCCUCAGUAAAUUUGUAGGCCGUACUCUGAAGGACUGCGGGGAGGACCUCCUCGUGGAGAUCUCGGAGAUCCUCUUCAAUGAACUGGCCUUCUUUAGGCUUAUGCAGGAUUUGGACAAUAGCAGCAGCACCUCUUUGGCAGCCAAACACAAAAACAAGAAUAGGGCUGAACAAUCCAGUAAAGCCCAAAACAGUCUAAAGGAAAAUCUAAAACCCGGGGGCGAUGAAUCUCCAGCCUACUCAGAUGAAGACAAGGAUCAAGACGAGGCUGAGCAGGACGGUGACAGUUUCCAGGAGAUUUACCUGCAGACAGAGACGAAGAACCACAAGAGCAGUGAAGCUUCAGAGGUCGAAGAGGAAGAGGAAGAUGAGGAAGAGGGGGAUAGACAGGGAAUUCCUAUGUCAAUCAGCCUUUCCAAAGCAGAGACUCAGGCUCUGACUAACUACGGCAGCGGGGAGGAUGAGAACGAGGAGGAGGAGAUGGAAGAGUUUGAAGCCGGACCUGUAGACGUCCAAACCUCCUUACAGGCCACCGCUGACGGACAGGUGGAGCAGGAGGUGACAUCAACAAAUGAAAUCCAGGAGACUAAAACUGAAGAGGGGUCUGAGAGGGAUGAUGGAGCGGAGACCAACAACAAGUCAGCUGUGAUUGUGGAUUCAACAGCAGAAGAACAUGUGAUGGUAGAGUGCCAGAUUCCCGAGAAGGAGAGUAAAGUUACUGCCUCGGAGGAAAGCGCUGAAGCCUUGAAGGAGUCAAACACCACUAGCAGCCCUGACACAGACUCUCCUGUCAUGAUCAAUGUCGAUGAGGUGGGCUCGGGAAACACCAGCCAGAAGUCAGACGAGGAAGACUUUGUCAAGGUGGACGACUUGCCAAUGCAGCUUACAGUCAUGUGUGAGGAAGAGCUACAGAAGAGAAUUGUAGAGGAGCAGCAGAAUAACAACCUGUCUGUAGAGAUCCUCAACGGGAACACCGAAUCGCUGGGGGGGCUGGUGGGAAAUGGGCAGGCACUGAAGGAACCAGGUACGGAUUACAGUCCUUGUCAUUCAAGGAUUACAGUGUGUUUGUGUAGUUGCGAAAACACCUUAGCAAUGUUAGCUUGUGUACAUCAAUACAUACAUUAUAUACACAAGUCCUUCCCUUUGUAGUGUAAACUGAAUUUUUGCUUUUGUCUUUUUCAGAAAAUGUUGGUGCCCAGAGCGUGUAAAAAAAAACUAUACAGAUGUCUCUAAUUCUACCAUUUUUAGCAACACUAUGCUUCACACCCUAAAUCUGUUCUGGAUGUAUGAUUGUUGAUUCUUUAUCUGCUAGUUUAAAAAGGGGCAAAGCCUCAUAUUGGUCACAUGUUAGCAGUGACCCCUGCACACACAUACACACAACAGAUAAAAACUAAACCUCUACACAUAAUUAACACUUAGCUCAUUUUAAUUUCUGAAUGUGUUUAUGUAGCGUGGAGGCUCUCUCCGUGCUGCUGAUCACUCACGGUUAAGCCUGUUUUUGAAUCUUAAGUACUGAAACUCCUGUUGGGAUCCGCCUUAGUCUUGGUUCUGGGAUCAGUUGAACACGAGUUGUGAUUUUUAAAUGUUUUAUUUGUCUCUGCCUUACUGUUGUACAGCUUAUCCUUUCUGCACUUGAUUCCUAAUUAUAAAGAGAUUACAGUACAGUGGAAGUUUAGUUGUAGCUGGCUGACUUGAGCUAAUUGUCUCUCCAGCUUUGAACACUUUAUAUACCGUAAAGCUCCAUGCUCCAGACCUAACUUUUAUCUCCUGAGACACAUCUUUAUAUACUGUUUUGUUCUGUUAAUGGUUAGUUUUCCCAUCAUUUUCAUGUAAUUAAAAAUGUUGAUUACAGUAAUAAGUUUUAAAUAAUAAAAUGCUGGAACUCU